AUGAAUAACAAUUCAUCUUUGCAAUCUCCUGCGAACGUCUACACAACUCCAGACCGUAAAAUAUGUUCAAGCGUUCUGAACCACUUAAUCACAACAACAAACGGCGUAUUUAAUUCUUCUAAUGUUAUGGAUGUUCACCUUGCUUCUCUCUCGCCCCUAAACAUUAGUCCAAAUGCUAGUCCAUGCCCAAGUCCAAAACUCCGUCCUGUUUCAAGCCCCUUGACACCUAUAACUCCUCUCGUGUUAACUGAUAGUCACUAUGAAAAAGAAUUUUUAAAUAACAUUUAUCACAAUAAUCAUGAAUAUUUUUAUCACACCCAACAAGUUCAUACAUUACACAAUCAAUAUGGUUACCACGACCAGCAUGGAUACGGUAUUCAACCAUCCUCAUCGUUUGUUCCAAACAGUCCUUCGCCACUGUCUUCUGGUGCAUCAACUCCAACAUGUUCAAAGCCGUAUAAUAUCAUUAUGCCGUAUUCACAUAAUUCUGACUUCUCUCAUUUAAUUGCUUGUGGCAAUGGUUCUUUGUCUCUUUUCAAUACUUCGCCUCAGUUGAAACUUAAUCCCGCUGCUGAAAUGUUUAACGAUUUGAUCAUUAGUAAUGAAAACUAUGAAAAUAAUCUUUAUAAUAAUCAGAAUUCUGAUAAAUGUCUUGAGAAUUUUUAUUACAAUCACAAUAUUGAAUAUCAGAAAGCUCAUUUUAGCAGCGGAGAGAAUAAUCCUAUCGACAAUGAUAUGCAAUUCAUAUGUUCUUCUGCACCUGAUAAGAUAAUCACGAUGAAUAAGAGUACUUUGUCACAUCAGAAAGACUCUCAAUUUCACGAUAUUAUUACGAAAUUUAAUAAUUUAGAUAUCUUAGAUUCACAUUAA